UUUACCUUCAUCUCAAGAACCCAUAGAUCUUAAAUUUUAUUAUUUUUCUUGAGUUCAUCAUCAACAAAACAACCCAAUACAAUAUAUCACAGAGAAACAAAUACAAAGGAAAAGAAUAGAAAUGGCUAAAACUAUCAUGGUUCUUUUCUUUGUUAGCACCCUUUUUCUCCAAGGCACUCUAGGGAGUUUCAUCUGUGAGAAUUUGCCAACAAGUGUGUGUGGGUUCGCGAUCGCAUCAUCAGGGAAGAGGUGUUUGUUGGAGAAUUUAACAGGGAAAGAUGGGAAGGUUGAGUACCAAUGCAAGACAUCUGAGGUUGUCGUUGCAAACAUGAAAGAACACAUUGAGACAGAUGAAUGUGUCGAUGCUUGUGGCGUUGACAGAAACACUGUUGGACUUUCUUCUGAUGCUUUGCUUGAUUCUCAAUUCACCUCCAAACUUUGCUCCCCUGCUUGUAACCAUCACUGUCCCAACAUUAUCGACCUUUACUUCAACUUAGCUGCUGGUGAAGGUGUGUAUUUGCCUGAUUUAUGCAACAAGCAGAGGACCAACCCACACCGUGCCAUGAUUGAGCUAUCGAGCAAUGGAGCUGUACUCGAAGAUGCGGCUGACGCUCCAGCUCCGUCCCCUGUUUCUUUCUAAUUUAUUCCCUACACACAUUUGAAAAUUUGUACUACUACAACAAACACAUACUGCAGCAAACAUUUUUUUUUUUUUUUUUUUGAAAAUCAAAUAUCGUCAUUGUUGUGUUCUUCUACAUUGAAAGAGAGAUAUGGGGGGAAUUCGGGUUUAUUUCUAAUUCCCUUGGAUUUGUUUCGAGAAAUUCUUUUUACAUCAAAAGUUGAAUGAAUAUUAUUCUUCUAUUGGGAUUGGAUCAA